UUACACAAUAAAGUUUAUAAAUAAUAUUCUAUAAAUAUAUUGAGCACAUAAUAUUAAUAUAAAAUGUAAUUAAUUGUGAGAAAUAUUAUCAGGAACACAUGGGAGAACUUAUCUGCUCCUUUUAAAUAUGGGAUCUUUUAUUUCCAUUCCAUUGAUCGAAUAGAUUGCUGUUUAAUUGCGUAAACACAAAAGAACAUCUUUGACAAUCAAACACUAAAUUAUCUGGUAAAGAACUCAAACCCUUAACCUACUGACUCACAUGUGAAGUACUAACCACUGAGCCACAAAUGACACUGUAAAGUUUGAGUCGUGGGAGAAGCCAGAAUAAGCCUAAUUUUAAAAUUAAGAAACAUGCCAUUUCAACUAUAAUUUAUACGCAAUUAUUCAUGCAAUAGAUAAUUGGAAUCAUGGUUGCAGUGUGUGCCAUCUUCAAAGUGCAAUGUGGGCCUAGACCACCUGCAGACUCCCCUCCAAAUCAUACAAAUCCUUGACUUGGAAAAUCUAUUCAUCCUUUUCACAUCUGUGUCCCAUUCUUUUCACCCAAUUGAUCAUGACUCCUGGAAAUCACUGUAGGGCAUCUUCAGAGGAAGAACUGGUAACUCAUCUUCUGUGAUUUGUGGACCUGCUCUCCAAAUUAUUCGAUUCAUAGAGUCAUAGAGUCAUGCAGCAUGGAAACAGGCCAUUUGGCCCAACUUGCCUAUGUUACUACUUAUCUCACGAAACAUAACGUGCUGGAGGAACUCAGAGGACCAGUCAGCAUCUGGGAUGAGAAUGGACUAUCCAUCACACAUCCCCUUUCCUUGCUUGCAUUCCCCACAUACAUUACCUCACACUUAAUCAGACUAAAAUCCAUUUACUACUUUUGUGUUCACCUCAUGAACCCUUUGAUCACUCCUGUGAUUUGAACCUUCUUUUUCACCGUCAACCACACCGCCAAUUUUGGUGCAAUUUCUUCAUCAUGGCCCUUACAGUUAGCAGGUUCACUUGAUCGGUCGGGACCAAAGGUAACUUUCACUGUCAAACAUAGGAUGAUGAGGGAAAGGCUGUGCAGACUGAUAUGAAUCAUCUUUUAAAUUUCUCUACAUUGAAAGGUGAAAACUGGUAGGGGGAAUGUGUGCCCAAAAGGGACAGUAAAUUGACAGAAAGAAUCAGAGAGAAUAUUGAGAAGAUUUACUUUUUUCCUGAACCGUUAUUAUGAUAUGGAAUAACCAAUCUGAAAACAUGGCAAAAAGCAGCAUCUAUAGUAAGUUUCAAAAUGACUUAUAGUUUAGUUUAGGGUGUGGAGACACAGUGUGGAAACAGGCCCUUAGCCCACCGAGUCCAUGCUGAGCAUCGAUCAGUAGUUCGCACUGGUUCUAUGUUAUCCCAGUUUCUCAUCCACUCAGUACACACUAGGGGCAAUUUACAGCUGCCAAUGAACACACAAACCUGAACACCCUUGGGAUGUGGGAGGAAACCGGAGCACCUGGAGGAAACCAAUGUUGUCACUGGGAGAACGUGCAAACUCCACACAGACAGCAUCCAAAGUCAGUAAUGAACCCGGGUCUUUGGAGCUGUGAGGCACUGUUCUACCAGCAAAAAAAUAGAUACAGCAAGGGAAAAAAUAGUAGGGUGGAACUAAUUGGGCAACUCUUUCAAAGAGUCAGUGCAGGCAGGGUGGGCUAAUUGCCCAUUUUGCUCUCUGAAACAAUGUGAAUUUUUUAGGCUUUUCUAGACUUUCAAAGCUUGAAGUUAUCCCAUUGUGAAAAGCUAGUAGGAGCUGCAGAAACUCGACUGAAUCUUAUGAGUGUUUUUCUUAACUUGAUCCAUUUCAAGUUAUCCACUUUUUUUUUUGCAGUGUGGAUCUGUUCCAGUUUGUGAGCUGACUUCUGCUCUUCCCCUGUGUCCAGGCCCCGUGAUUACCAAGAAUGGAGCAGCAAUAGAAUGGUGAUCCACAGCAGUGCACAAACUGCGCCUGCAGAAUCUUUAGCCCCUUUGCCAAAAUCUCACUGUUACAAUCUUUUUUUGCCAGAAAACUUUACAAAGGAGAAACAAAUAGCCUUCCCUGGCUCCAGCUAUAUAGUCUCUUAAAAAAAAUCGCUAUAGCUAUUAGCGACGAUAUGUUCAGUACAGUAGUCUGGAUUCUGGAUUAACGACAGAAACAGUGUAAUUGGAACCAUCCCUAUAUACUUCACAGUAGACACCUAGACAUACUGCCAGCAGGUUGCUAUGAAAGCAGUGAUAUGCAUGCAACAAGAAGCAGAUGCCAUUGGAGAAAAUAUAUUCUUCCGUUUGGUGACUUAGUGAAGUCGGUUUACCUGAGCAUUAUUCGAGUACGGUGCUGAUGAUUAAUUCUGAAUUUAACAGCCUUCUAUCUGCGUAAUACCCCAUGGAAAAAAUGGGAGGUUACUGUUAGGCCGCCGAAGGCUUGGUUGAAAAGAUGAAGAAGUCCACUGCUGCAUCAAACCAGCUGGUGCUCUUUGCUCUGUGGUGCUGUGCCUGUGUCUCUGUGUUAAGGAGCAGUAACCACACACUUAUCUUUCAAAAAGAGAGCAACUUCCGGAACUGCAGCUGCGUCUCCAGUAUCCCAGACUGUGGGUUUGCUCUUGCCAACCUUAUGUGCAAAUGUAGGACUGUCUUUUCUAAGGAUAUUGAUAAAACCAGCCCGACAUUUAGUCACAGCAGCAGGUUAGUGGUGUGGCUGUCAGACACCACUACUGUAGGGCUGCUGCUGAAUUAUUCAUCAGUCCCAAGCCUCAGACUUUCUUUGUGCAACCCUGAUGCUGUACUGACUGAAUACCUUGUCAUCUUUGGCCUGAAAGAGCUCUGUGUGACAAACCCCAAGUCAAAAGUCAAAUACCCACUGCAGAACAUAACGAUAUACAGCACACGGGGUGCUGUCGUUGAGUCGUCUUUGCAGAAUGGCAUUGGAUUCUCAUUUUACAUUUCAUUCUUAAACAUGGCGCUGAUGCACGGAGAUUCUAAAUUAAAAGCAUAUUCGGUGCCAAAUGUCACAAAUAUUGCUGAAUAUUUUCCAGAUCUUCAAUAUGACACAACCUCCUUCCCCUUGGAGACUGGCAGUUCUCUUGUUACAUUUAUCUAUGUUUAGGCACUGCAACUAGUUCGCUUUUCUUUGCUCACUAAGGGCAACAUUGAUGCUGAACUUGCAAGAAUCCAUUUGCAUGCAAGUUUUGAGGAACUUCUGAGCUCAGCUUUUCCAUUAAUCAUGUCACUCCAAUUUUAACACUUCCCACAUGAACAAAGGGGGGGCAGAAUGGUGAGAACUAGAUUAGUAUGUAUAUUCAGAUCUUGGCUCACAUCACCAAGUGAUUUCACUGUAAAUAUCUGCUUUGUAUUGUAACUUGAAAAAAAAUGUUUGUCAGUAUUAACUUACAAUGCUUCAUCCAAAGAUCUUAUGAUCUUUGGCUUCAUCUAUGGAACCAUAUAUAUAAUCUCAAAAGGCAGGCUUUUUUCCUCCACUUUACAUCAACUUUAAAUAGCACUAACAGCAACUGGCAAUAUCAUGCUAGUUUCUGUUUCCUCUAAGACGGCAAGGCUCAAGAUUUCUGGGAAGAGAUUAACGGCACAGUGGUGUCGUGGCAGAGUUACUACCUCACUGUGCCAGAGACCCAGGUUCGAAUCCUACCAUGUGUGCCGUCUGUAUGCAGUUUGCAUGUUCUCCCUGUGACCGCAUGGGUUUAUUCCAGGUGCACCGAUUGCCUUCCACUCUCCAAAGUUGUGCAGGUUUGUAGGUUAAUUGGCUUCAGUAAAUUGCCCCUAAUGUGCAGGACAUAGAACUGGUUCAUGGGGGAUUGAUGGUCAGCAUGGAGGGCCAAAGCACCUGUAUCCACGCUGUAUCUCUAAAAUAUAAUAAACUAAAUCAGGUGUUAGAAACAAAGAACUGCAGAUGCUGGUUUAUACCAAAGAUAGGUACAAAGUGCUGGAGUAACUCAACGGGUCAGGUAGCAUCUCUGGAGAAAAAGGACAGGUGACAUUUUGUGUCGGGACCCUUCUUCAAACCUUCUUCUUCAGAGUCUGAGGAAGGGUCCCGACCCAAAACAUCUCCUGUUUUUUUUAAACCAGAAUGCUGCCUGGAUUAGGAGAGUAUCAGUUAUAGCGAGAGUUUGGACAAACUUGAAUUGUUUUGAAAUGUUGGAGGUUGAGGGGAGAUCUGAAAUAAAUUAAUAAAACGAUGAGAGGCAUAGAUGGGGAUGACAGUCAGAACCUUUAUCCCUGGGUGGAAAUGUUAUAUACUAGGGGCAUAGCUUUAAGGAGAAACGGGGAAAGUUUAAAAGGGAUGUCCAGUGCAAGGCUUUUACACGGCAGUAGUGGGUGCCUGGGACGUGCUGCCAGUGCCAGGAAUGUGGUGGAAGCGGAUAAGAUAAUGACUUUUACGAGGUUUUUAGAUAGGCACAUGAACAUGCAGUAAAUACGAAUAGUGUUUACAAAUUAGGCAUCAUGUUCGGCAGAUAUCGUUGGGCCAAACGCCUUGUUCCUGUGCUGUACUGUUCUAUAUUCUAUGUUCUAACCCUGACUUCCAUAGCCAAGUUAAUCAAAGCAUGCAUGUAAGGCCUAAUUUGAAGUUGUAGGAAUUACAAAUAACUGUGUUUUCAGACCAUGAAUUUUGAAAAUCACACUGCAGAUGAAUUUUGCAUGAUAAUAAGAAGUUUAACAUGAAAAAUAAAAAUACUGGGGAAUAUGAAAAUUGUGAUGAAAAGGAUGCAAACAUUUCAAGUUGCUGUAUAAAAAUACAUAAAUGUGCACAAAAUAGUUUUGCUCUUGGUGGUUACUUUUCAACAACACAAUGCCAUUUUUUUUUUACUGUGGGAACAAGUUUUUGGCCCUUGGAUCAUAAUUAAAUUUAUGCGUGAGAUGAUUUCCAUCUGCUGUGACUUAAACCUUGAAGUAAUCCAUGCUGCACGUGAAGUGCACCCUUGGUCAUCAUGCCUUGCAAAGGAAAGUUUCUGUUAUUGGAGAAAAGCUGUUCCCUUGGUGUUGAGAGGAUCUAAGUAUAAAAUAAGUGAAUCGUAUUUCAUCCAAAACUCACACAUCUUACCCUCCUGUGCUGAUUCAUACUGGCAAGACUGAUGUUUAUCCAGCAUCAUUCAUGCGUCUGAUAACAUACAAUUCACACACUGCACAUUUCCCCCAUUGCUAGUAUAAACUGUGGCAUUUGAGUUGAGUUUAAUUGAGUUUAGUUUAUUGUUACGUUACAAAGGUACAGUGCAAAGCUGUUUCUCGUGCUAAACAACAUCUGGGACCAAAAAUAAAUUAUGAGCUAGGAGUUCACUAUGCAAGGAUUGAUAAAGAGACAUAAAUUAAGGAUUGGCAUUAUGCCAUCUGUACUUUGCACGCACCAUCCACCAACCUUAGUUUCCAGCGGUCAGGAUUGCAGUAGUGAUUCUUUCACCUUCUGCAUCCUUUUUGUACAAAGCAAGUCCGAGCAAAAUGCAACAAACACCCCUUAAUCAGAACAUACCUUGCAAUGGUGUGCGGGCAAUUCAUGGAACAAGACACAAUCAAGGUGGACGAUCACACGGGGAAUGACAAGGCCCAAUGGAGAUCACACAAAAUGUGUAAGAAGGAACUGCAGAUGCUGGUUUACACUGAAGAUAGAUUCAAAAUGCUAACUGAGUGAGUCAGGCAGCAUCUCUGGAGAGAAGGAAUAAGAAACGCUUCGGGUUGAAACCCUUCAUCGAAAGUCUGAUGAAAUGUCUUAACUCGAAACAUCACCAAUGCCUCCUCUCCAGAGAUGCUGCCUGACCCAUUGAGUUGCUCCAGCAUUUUGUGUCUCUCCUUAUUGGAGAUAAUUGGGUUCCCAAUUUCACAUCUCAUCACUGUCAACAGCUAUUACUGCAGGCUACCUUGGGAAGAAUAAUUUAACCUCUGGGGUCAUUGGAGAAAUGAUGUGACAGCUAUGGAUGCAUGCAGCCUCUGUAGGGAACCACACAGAUCCCAAUUUAGCACAAGAUUUAGUCCACAGAAAGUGCUUUUUAACGUACUAUUGCAGAUUUCCUUGAUUUUCUACCCUGACUUCCAGUUGGCCAUUGACACUUAAUUGAGUACAUUAAAAGAAAGUAAAAUUCAAAUUGCAGGAACUGGAACCUUAGUUGGAUGGACAAGAUGCAGUAUUUUGGUUAGGCUACAUUUGGAGUAUUGCUUGCAGUGCUGGUUGCCCAAUUACAGGAGAGGUGCGGAGGAUUUGAAGAGGUUGCAAAACAGGUUUACCAGAAUGCUGCCUGGAUUGGAGGGUGUCAGCUACAGGGAGAGGUUAGAUAGACUUGGAUUGUUUUCUCUGGAAUGUCAGAGGUUGAGGGGAGACUUGAUAGAAGUAGAUAAAAUUAUGAUAUAGACAGGGUGGAGGUCCAAUAUUGGCUGGCAAAGCUACAAGGUAGGACAAGAAACGUUUAACAGAGAUGUGCAGGGCAAGUUUUUUACACAGAUAGUAAUGGGGCCUGGAACGCAUUGCUAUGGGUCGUGGUGGAGGCAGGUAUGUUGGUGGUGUUUAAGCAUUAGGUAGGCACAUGAAAGUGUAGAGAAUAGAGGGUAUGAAUCACAUACAGGCAGGUGAGAUCAGUUUAGCUUGUCAUCAUGUUCGUCACGAACAUUGUGUUCCUGCGCUGUACAGUUUUUAUGUUCAGUUAAGAUAACACAUUCUGAUAAUCAUCUUUCAACUAAAAAAUUGCUGAGUACAUGACAAAAACAUUACAUUGCGCAAUAGGAUUUACAUCCCCAUCGAUUUUAUGGCUAUUGAUUGAAGAAGUGUUUUCUUGUCAACGGGACAACAACCCUUCUGAGUGGUUUCAUUGGGAUCAUCAUAAGAAAAGAUUCACGGGUCUGAUACCAUUUAAAGACCCAUCAAAUUGCUAGCUUCAUCUCUGUGGUAUCAGAUUAUAUGUUCAUUUACUGGAGAGGAGAUUCAAUCCAUAAUCUUCUGACUCGCAACCACAAUCACCAGCUCUUAGACAAGGAUAAAGGUCAACAUAUUUUCAUAAUGGUUUCUGGUGACUCAGUCUAUUUGCAAUGAUUGACAUUGAAGAAUCCAAGGAGAAGGCCCAGAUUCCUUUCAACCCAAUUCAUGAUCACUCUGUGCCUUGAAGAUGCAGAGCAUUCCAAACAGGACAAACAACAAGACAAAACUCGACUGACGUGUUCAGAUUUAGUUGGUUAACCAUCAGUAAGACUCUUACAAACUAGUGAGUUGUUGGUAGUUUAGUAGUGACAGCACCAAAGUUACCAGCAAUCUCCCACCAUGAAGGAUUACCAUGAAGAGAAACAUAUAAUAGAAACAUAGAAAAUAGGUGCAGGAGUAGGCCAUUCGGCCCUUUGAGCCUGCACCGCAAUUCAAUAUGAUUAUGGCUGAUCAUCCAACUCAGUAUCCCGUACCUUCCUUCUCUACAUACCCCCUGAUCCCUUUAGCCACAAGGGCCAUAUCUAACUCCCUCUUAAAUAUAGCCAAUGAACUGGCCUCAGCUACCUUCUGUGGCAGAGAAUUCCACAGAUUCACCACUCGCUGUGUGAAAAAAAAUAUUCUCAACUCAGUCCUAAAAGACUUCCCCCUUAUCCUUAAACUGUGACCCCUUGUUUUGGACUUCCCCAACAUCGGGAACAAUCUUCCAGCAUCUAGUCUGUCCAACCCCUUAAGAAUUUAGUAAGUUUCUAUAAGAUCCCCCCUCAAUCUUCGAAAUUCUAGCGAGUACAAGCCGAGUAUAUCCAGUCUUUCUUCAUAUGAAAGUCCAGACAUCCCAGGAAUCAGUCUAGUGAACCUUCUCUGUACUCCCUUUAUGACAAGAAUUCCUUUCCUCAGAUUAGGAGACCAAAACUGUACGCAAUACUCUAGAUGUGGUCUCACCAAGGCCCUGUACAACUGCAGUUGAACCUCCCUGCUCCUAUACUCAAAUCCUUUUGCUAUGAAUGCUAACAUACCA